AUGCCAGGAGCUCUCGUUACCGCCAGCGAUGUCAAUCGCAUCGAGGCACCAGUCACCUGGAAGGCCUACCUGAUCUGCGCCUUUGCCUCCUUUGGAGGUAUCUUCUUCGGUUAUGAUUCCGGAUAUAUCAACGGUGUCAACGGUUCCGGCUUGUUCAUCAGACUCGUCGAAGGCCCAACCGCCGAGAAACUCUCUUCGUCCCACACUUCUCUGAUCACUUCUAUCCUCUCUGCGGGUACUUUCUUCGGUGCAAUCGUCGCAGGUGAUGUUGCGGACCGUAUUGGACGCAAAUGGACCGUCAUCCUUGGUUGCCUCAUCUACAUGAUCGGUGUGGUGGUCCAGAUGAUCACCGGCCCUGCCGUUGAUGCUCUCGGAGCCAUUGUUGCAGGUCGUCUCAUCGCUGGUAUCGGAGUCGGUUUCGAGUCUGCCAUUGUCAUUCUCUACAUGUCCGAAAUUUGCCCAAAGAAAGUCCGUGGUGCGCUCGUCGCCGGUUAUCAAUUCUGCAUCACCAUCGGUAUCCUCUUGGCUGCAUGUGUCGUCUACGCCACCGAAGGCCGUGAUGAUACGGGAGCUUACCGUAUUCCGAUCUCCAUCCAAUUCGCCUGGGCUUUGAUUCUCGGUGGUGGAUUGAUGGCACUCCCAGAUUCCCCAAGAUACUUUGUCAAGCGUGGAUAUCUCGACCGUGCUGCCAGCGCUCUCGCCAGACUUCGUGGACAACCCCUCGAGUCCGAGUACAUCCAAGCUGAGUUGGCUGAGAUCGUGGCCAACGAGGAGUACGAGCGUUCCAUCAUUCCAUCUUCUGGUUUCGUCUCGAGCUGGAUGAACUGCUUCAGCGGUGGUCUUUUGAAACAAUCCUCCAACCUCCGCCGUACAAUUCUCGGUACAUCUCUCCAGAUGAUGCAACAAUGGACCGGUGUCAACUUCAUCUUCUACUACUCCACCCCCUUCCUCCAAUCCACCGGCGCCAUCUCCAACCCCUUCAUCAUCUCCCUGAUCUUCACCCUCGUCAACGUCUGCUCCACCCCAAUCUCCUUCUACACCGUCGAGAAAUUCGGUCGUCGCCCUCUCCUCGUCAUCGGUGCUUUCGGCAUGUUGAUCUGCCAAUUCCUCGUCGCCAUCAUCGGUGUCACCGUCGGAUUCAACAAGACCCACCUCAACGCCGCCGGCGACCCCAUGGCCGACAACAUCUCAGCCGUCAAUGCCCAAAUCGCCUUCAUCGCCAUCUUCAUCUUCUUCUUCGCCUCCACCUGGGGUCCUGGCGCCUGGAUUCUCAUCGGUGAGAUCUUCCCUCUCCCCGUCCGAUCCCGUGGUGUCGCCCUCUCCACCGCCUCCAACUGGCUCUGGAACACCAUCAUCGCCGUCAUCACCCCAUACAUGGUCGGCGAGGAGUACGGAAACCUCAAAUCCAGCGUCUUCUUCGUCUGGGGCGGUCUCUGCACCUGCGCUUUCGUGUACGCAUAUUUCCUCGUCCCAGAGACCAAGGGUCUGUCGCUGGAGCAGGUCGACCGUAUGAUGGAGGAGACCAACCCAAGAAACUCCAGCAAGUGGGUUCCUCACGAGACCUUUGCGAGCUCGAUGGCUGGUCCAGGUGGAAAGCUUGAUACCGCGGAUGUGGAGAGGAAGGGUAGCGUUUAUUAG